AUGCCAAACGUGAAACUUGUUGAAAUAAGUGGAAUGUUAAAUGAAGAUUAUUGUUACGAUGGAGAAAAAUUAAAACAUCUACUCUCAAGUAUAAAGACGGUGACCAUCAACAAACUCGAGUAUCAAACGAAACAAUCUAUGAGCACAUUUCGAUUUGUAAAUGACGAGUAUUGGUAUAAUGUUAAAUAUGAAAAAGUCGAUAAGCAUGGCUGGUUGACUCUAUCAGCUAUGGGAGGAAGUUGUCGUAAUUAG